GGUUAUGUGAUUUUCGUGUAAUCGCGCAGUGACUCAAAUCGUGUCAGUGAAUCAGUAUAGUCAGUGUCGUCGCCGUCGUCGGGAAGCAAAUUACACGUGGAAUCGGUGGAAGUGCGGGAUCCUCGAGAAAUAUAUCUUGACACGUGCGGAGAUCGUUCAAAGCAAAGGAAAACUCUAGGAAGUAGUGAUGCUGCAGCGGUAGCAUUGGCUAAUUUGAGAGAUGGGCCGUAAGAUACCUGGGAAAAAGCACAGGGGAGUCAAGGAUCCGGAAAAACAGCGGGCCAAGAGGAUAUCCGAAUUACAGACAAAAAUCAAUGCACCGCCAAAAAAUGUCGACGAGCAGGAGAUCCCCCGGAGUUUACAACGCCUCAUGAAGUUGAAAAAGGCCGUUGAGGAUAAUAAAUUUGAGCACAAGAAAAGAAAAAGGAAUAAGAACAAGUUGAUCAGGAUCGGUGCGGGGCAGAUCAGGAAACCUCAUCCCAAAGCACGGCCGGAAAAAAUUGUGCCAAUUUUCAAUCAACGACCUGACGAAAGUCCCGAGAAAUUUUACCAUAGGAUAAGUAGAGAAACCGAGGCUUUUGUAAAGGAAACUCAGUUUGAGACAAAGUACAAUGUUGAUGUGAAGCGUAAUCCCGAGACUGGCGAAAUCAAGGGUGUCGACAAGAGAUUCAAGGAUAAUAUCGACAAGAUUGAAGAUCUCAAGAAAAAGCACAAAAACGUGGGCAAGAGGAAGAAGCUGACUGAUGCCGAUGGUCAUCCUAAAUUGACUAAAGCACAAAAAAAGAAGCAAAAGGUACUUGAAAAAAAACAAGAGGAUGAAGAGAUUCUGGACUUUGAUCGAUUUAAAGACAAAGUAGAAUUCGGUGAUAUUGUUCAUGCACCUCCAGAACUAAAGUUGCCGAGGAAUGUCAAUAAAAUUAACAAUAAAGUAAGUAUCGCAGAAAAAAAUAAGAACUUGUUACUAAACUCUCUUCUUCAGGAGAAUCAAUCUUUAAAGAAUCAUAGUAUAACAAAACCAAUCAACAGGACUGGAAAGAGGAAAAAUCUUCCCAUAGGAGAGAGACGGCAGUUGGAGAAGCAACAAAAAGAUGUCGUCUCUGCCUAUAGGCAGCUGAAAGCAAAGAAGUUUGGAGAAUCCGUAGUUACAGCAUAA